UAUGAGUGUGAGCAUCCCUGGUAUAGAAAGCACUAUAGCUGCAUGUGAUGUGCUCCUCAUUAUCAUAUGACUGGGUACCACGCUGCAUCCAGAAGCAGCUCUUUUGCUGGAUGUAAAGGUAACAGAGCUUUCUGAUUGGUGGAUGGGGGAUGUCUUAUUUGAAUAACAAUCAGUGAUGACACGCAUGACAAAUCCGUGUUGCAGCCAUAAGGAACCAGCAAGCACCUGUCCCUGGGAGAGCGAGGCUCUUGUGUGUGCACCGCAGAGAUGAGAUGCUUGGCUCACACCGAUGGCUUCAAAUAACAUAAACAAUGAGGAUGUCCCCUGCAACCUCCAGCCCGGAGACCUGAUUGAAAUAUUUAGACCAGCAUAUCAGCAUUGGGCCUUAUACCUUGGUGAUGGUUAUGUCAUCAACGUGGCACCAUUGGAAGAGACAACUCCUGCUUCAUUUUCAAGUGCAAAGUCUGUCUUCAGUAGAAAAGCCCUUGUAAAGAUGCAGCUUCUGAAGGACGUGGUGGGAACUGACACUUACAAAGUGAAUAAUAAGUAUGACGAUAAAUACACACCACUUCCAGCUGAAGAAAUUAUCCAGCGGGCAGAAAAUCUUAUUGGACAAGAAAUUUCUUAUGACCUAUUGGGGAAUAAUUGUGAGCAUUUUGUGACACUAAUUCGCUAUGGAGAAGGUGUGUCUGACCAGGCAAACAGAGCUAUAAGUGCUAUUGGAUUUGUAACAGCAGCUGCUGGAGCUUUCUCACUUCUUGGAAUGUUUCACAACAAAUCAAGGCAAGGACAAUACUGAUGAAGAACAAAAUGACCUGUAUUGUAAUAGCUGCAAUCAAAAGACUGGGACAAAAAACAACCAUUUUUACCUUUGUACAGAUUCAGAAUACAGCAUUGCUGAAAAUAGCAUGAAAAAAAGGCUGCCGUCAACUAAAAACACAC